AAGGACCAUUUUUUUACUGUGUCUUUCUUAUUCUACACCAAAAAAGGGUCAAAAGACAACAGUGUCAUAAAAUAACAAGAGCAUUUUCUCUCCAUGUACCAGCAAUGGCACACGCUUUUUCAACCCCCACUCGUUGGAGAAAAAAACGGGGUAUAAAACCGGCGCUACACCACAAACCACAGUGGUGUGGACGUGGAUUCGUCACCUGGAGCCAGCUGGCCAGUCCCUCUACCUGCCCACAGGUGACCAAACGAGGGGCAAUAAAUUCUCCGGCACUCCGGUACGGGAUUGUUGUUUAUGUUUUGAAAAGCGCUAAUGCGACCACAGGAAAAACGAACAGGACGUCGAAGGCGUACCGUGGCCCGCUUGCCCGCACUUGCCCGUACCCGACGUGAAAGUCGUUGAAUGGGAUAGUGAGGGGGGCAGAAUUUAUCAAUGAACGGGAAAUACCCUGCCCGUGUUCAUUGAUUCGUUUGCACGUUGGCUGUUUUUUAAUGGGUUUCUCCCCCGGGGUGUACCCUCGGCGCCGUCUUCCCCCGGGGCUUGGGAAGGUAUUCGCACUACCCGCGACUACGAGAUAUGAUGUGGUCAUCUCAUGGUAACGAACGCUUCGGAACAACUCACGCUGCCAGACAGUGGUCAGUAGACGUUCAUCUCUGCUCCUGUUGCCUUGGAUAUGACCGGUGCUUGCUUUGCGAUCGCGUCUCCCUUUGGGUAUGCGUGUGUUUUGUUUUCCAUCCAUUUGAGUUGCUCCGUUUGCUGCACACAAACACUCCACACCAACACCAAACCGGUCCGCGACGGCUCGAAACAUUAAUUGCUGUUUGCCAGCACUACACUGCACUACACUUCCUGUCACUUCUUUUCAAAAGUUCCGAGUGCGUUGGGUUUUCCCCCUUGCAAAGGUUGGGACCAUUUCCGGCCAUUUCGCGGCUGUUUCCGCUGUCCAUUGUUUCUGUUUUGGCCGCGACAAAUUCCGUUCCGCUUGUUAUUCGGGAUGUCUGCAAGGAUAGCAACGUUUUCCGAAAUGAAGUGGGAGAUGCUGCUAUUUCUUCAAUGGUCGAUCGGUUUACCCUUACACACACAUACGCACACACUUACCCCCGGGUCACCUAUUCCCUACCUGUUUGCACCCGUGUGUGAAAUAUGCCCUCGCAACAAGGAUGGCCAGAUGUUUCCGGUUAUUUUUCUUGCACGUGCACUCGCUACUACCCCGCCCUAGCGCUGCCCAUGCCGGGCCAGUUUUUAUGAAUGAAUCGAAGCAACCCUUUCGCCUCGCGUUGUAAAAACCCCUUCCACGUGUGUGUUGUACCCCUUUCACCCGCUCGGUGUGUGGCUAUUCCACUCACACUGAUUCUACCCUUUGAGGUAGGGAUGCGUCCAAAUAGAAAGGAUCUCCUCAUCGGGGCUGGUGGCUCAUUACCAUUCUGACCGUCAAGCUGUGACGAACACAUUCCCUAAGCAGUAUUACGGAGAGCGAACCGAUAGUGAUGUACCGUUGGCAGUUGUAAAACAAAGUGACUCGUAACAUUCUGAAAAAAAAAAAAAAUCGUGAUCGUGAUAGCAAUACGACCACGACCAGUACCAAUACGACCAGUAAACAUCGUGAUCGUGAACAUGAAGUGCAACAAUAAUAGCGCCGCACGAACGAUCGUGUUGCUUCUGUGCUGCUGUGUUGGAUUAAGCGCGGGCAGAAUAAUUCACCGAAUCAGCGACUAUAACGCACCGAUGGCGGAACCGGUGCGCCAGUGCCGUGCGAUCUGUUUGACCAACCAUCUGCACGAGGAGAUCAACAGCAUCGUCGUGACGGACGAGUGUACCGAUCGGCCCAACUGCUUCAUGUGCUGGGACUACUGCAAGAUACUGCACGAGGAGAAGCGCAUCGUGCGCGAUUUAAUGUGCAGUGAUGUGAUUUGUUACUCUGGAUGUAAGACGGCCUGCAAGUACUACGGAGGAUUCUAUCGAACGGUGAAACAGAAGAUCACGUUAAAAUCGCUCGCUGUGCCCGUGAUCGGACAGCAGGUGGUGAACCAUGAUCCUGCCAACUCGAGUGCAAGCUAAACAGAAGGACGCGGAGAGCUCACACCACGAAGAGCACCACAGCCUACUAGCU